UAUAUUGUAUCACUUUAACAUUGGAGCCGUGUCGUGCUCAACGCUCUUGUGUUUGCACCAAUUACUUGCAAAUGGAAUUAGAGAUGGUCUAGUAGCUGUAAGACUCGGGACUUUGGCAUGUUAUUUACUUAACUUGUCUUCUAGAUUAUUGCGUUGUUAUUAUUGUUCAUGGCUACUUAGGAUUAGUAAACUCAGCUCCAGAGCAGGGACUAGUCAACAGUUUACAAAUCGGUGCGACUACCAGGCGCAGAAAUGAUUAUUGAUAACCGAUCUAACGUAUUCACCAACCCCACAAAAUCAAUGCAACAAUUAACAAACGACUCUCACCUGGCCCCCUCAUCUGAAGCAGUAAUGAACAUGGAAGGAUGUUGGGGCGAUGAGCCAACUGGAAAACGGUAUUUGCCUGCUGAAUUUUGCAUGGAAAGCAGUCUUCAUGGUCUCCGAUUCAUUGGACAGCCUAAACGUCACGUUGUUGAAAGGAUUUUUUGGAUCAUAUCAUUCACGGUCGGAGUGGCCGUUUCAAUCCUCUUUAUUACCCAAAUUUGGGGAAAGUACCAAAAAACUCCGGUCAUAACUGUUUUUCAGCCGACGGAAUUAGCAAUUGACUUGAUUCCAUUUCCAGCCGUGACAGUUUGCAAUACCAAUAAUGUCAUUAAGUCCAAAGCAGAUGCAUUUGUCGAGCGAGUGCAACUUGAUCCCACGAACCAGGAGGCAAGUCAAGACCUCUACUUGCUGGACCAUAUCUGCCAAACGUCAACUACUUUCUCGGAAACUUUCAAUUUUUCCCUAGAAUACGGAUCAAUUAAGAGUGAAAUUAGAGAACCACUUCUGGAUUUUGGAAAAAAUCAAACCACCAAUAAUUCGAGUGCUGCUGGAAGGAAAAUUACGGAUUUACUGCAGGAUGUUGCCCAAAAAUGUAGUGCCAUGAUUUUGUUAUGCAUGUGGCACGACGAAGUCUACAAUUGCAGCGAAUUGUUUGAUGAAGUUGAGACGGAUUUCGGAUAUUGUUGGUCAGGAAAAUCUGGGAUAAUGCUGAAAUACCUACAUGGAUAAAUGCAUGGAUAAAUACGUACGGAAGA